UGGUUCGAGAUUCUUCUUUGUUCGAGAUUACCUCUCUAUACAGUUUCAAAUUUUUAUAAAUUUGACAAUAGCAAAAAUUCAAUAUGACUUGGGAAGAAAUUAAACCCAAGAUUUCUGUGCCAAUAUUUUGCGCUCUCACACUCUGUCUCUUUCUGGCAGAUAUACUAAUUGACGAGACAAAAUAAAAAAAAAGCAGAAAGAUAACGCACAACCCGACAAUGAUAAAUGAAGUAAGAGUAUCUCAGGACAUACCAGCAUUUCAAAAGGACAUUGCGCUCGAUAGAUUAUCGUCUUUAGUAGCUCAACAAGCUCGUAGGAAUGUAAUCAUCGUCGACGAUGCGUCAACGGAUGGACAUGCCGUUGAGAAAACACUGAAACAGACACCCGAUACGUUCAUGCAAAAUAUGAACAAAGUCUCUAAUAAAGUCUUUAUAAACAUUAAAAACGAGAAAAAAAAUAUUGAACAUGGAGAUACGGGGAUACCGGCCAAAAAACAUUCUCUUUACAAGAUUCCCUUAACAACAUUGCAAGAUGAAGAAUUGAUAAAACAGAAACAGCAUGGAAAUAUAAUCACCGAUCGUGAAGCUACUACACUUUUAUUGCCAAAUGUUCCAACUACGUUAAAUACAGCUAAUAAGCUUCAUCGUAAGCCUGUAAUCACACCUUCGGAAUCUGUGGAAUUGUUCGUAAAUACGCUGCCGAAAUUAGAAAAUUCAGAGAAUAUCGGGGUGCAGAAUAUGCAGAUGGAAGUUCCAUCGAUCGACUCGUUCACUCCGUUGGAAGCGGCCGCUAUAUCGUGCGUUCUCGAGGAAUGUUUAGAUCAGCUCGCCAUAAUAGGAUUCAUGCUACCGGCCAAGGUUGACUCACGCUGGGACGACACGUUUAAGACGAUCGACGAGACGUACGGAGUGCCCGACGAGCCUAGAACGAUCUUCAGGGAAGAUAUGGGUCUCUUACCAAUUGUACCUACAGAGGCUGAAAAAAUGCAGAGGGAUAGGAAUUAUACAUAUCAAGUUCUCGAGAGAGUUCUUCGCGACAUAAAAAACAAUGGCAAAUUCGAUAGUCUGCAAAAAGAAAUUGAUAAUAUCGCAAAGAAGCAGGAAGGCGAUCAUAAUCUCGAAGCAAAUGCUCAGAUCAGGUUCAGCCAAGCUGAGGAACUCCAGGGACUGCUAGAAUCUGAAAAGAAAGAGAAUGAAGAAGACCGAAAAAAGACGAUAAGACUCGCGCAGGAAAGCGAUGCACAAGUCGACCACGCGAUAUUUUUAAAUAGCGGAAAAUUAGGCUAUGCGGAAAAAUGGGAGAAGGCCAGAUUGGAACAGCAGGAACUCAAAUUGCAUCUACAAAGAAAAGAUAUGCUAAACAAAUUGAGCGACUACUCAAAGGAACAUAACGCGGAGCAAAUUAUAUCAGCGGAAUUGAAUGCUUACUUAGAGGCGGACAUCAAAGAGAAAGAAGAGCAGGUAGUUAUGUGGACGAAGAAAUAUAACGAGGAACUUGUGGAACGGCAGCAGGAAAUCGACGAAUUAAAGCGUCUUAUAGAAGAACAAAAAUUAGAAAUGGAAGAAAUGCGCGCUUUGAUAGACAAGCGACAAAAACUUAUCGACGAAUGCAUCGCCGAAGAGAAAAGAUUGCAGGAAGAAGCGAAGCUAAACAAAGCUGCAACUAUUAUCCAAUCGAUAUGGAAAGGUCACAUGGUGAGGCAACAAUUAGGAAAGUACAAAAACUUGCUAAAACGAUUGAGAAAACGGAAGAAAUUAAGUAAACAGAAAAAAGAACGUUUGAUGAAAAGAAAAGAAAAAAAGUAGUCAAAAGAAAAGUUCAUAAAAAAGGGGCUUUGGCGCCUGAGCAAACAAUACAAAAUUCGAUGUUUUAUUUUAGCGAGCGCUUAUGCUUUCUUUACAUAUAUACUAAUAAUGCCUUCUCGAUGUAUCUCUGUAAUGGUAUAUAAAUUAUUCAAAUAUAUUUUUAAA